GUCCCGUCGGAGCAGCACGAGCUACUCUGCCGAAUAGAAUCGCACGUACCCAAUAUAUCACGCUUACUCCACUUUACGAAACUCCAGAGAUUUCUACGGCCGCACGAAGCCAAUUGCUUCUGCUUGCAUCAAAAUAAUUUAUCGAUUGAUACUUCGUCGGUCGUCACGAAGCAGAAGUUGUCUACGAUGUUUAGGAUGGACAUAAUAUUUUACAAAAUUUUAACCUGACUUGACCGAACUGUCACGUGGACUUUGAUAGUCAUUGAAAAUUCGCGAGUGUCACUACACCUGUGCGGUCAUCUAUUAUCAGUAGCGUAAAGGAGCUAUUUUGAAAGACACUUAACAAGUGUUUAAUUAAUGUUUAUGAAUAAUGAUAAACAACGUGCAGUAUCUCGGUCGCGUCUCAGUUGGAUGCACGGAAGUGCUAAUUCUAUUAGUGAAGCUGUAGUUAUACCCUGAGAAAUUGAAAAGUUUGGUGAAAUCUCGCUUAGAUUUAUAGUUCUGCUACAUUUAAAUUGUAUCCUGAAGGAAACGAUAACCGGCAGGAUGCGUGUCAAUAAUCAGUUACCGAUUCCGGCAAGGAUGGCAACCGUGAUAGCCGUGAUUUGGGUGCUUCUUCAUGGUGGUCGAUUAACAUCAGCUGGAGCAUUUACGACUGUGACCACAAGACCUGAUCCAGAAUUUAUCGACCAGAUAGGAAAUAUCACUGUUCCUGCGGGACGUAACGUGAAGCUGGCGUGCAGCGUGAAUAAUCUGGGGCCUUAUAGAGUGGCCUGGAUGCUCUUCGACAAGAGCGCCAUUCUCACCGUGCACAAUCACGUUAUCACGAGGAAUCCGAGGAUCACGGUCUCUCACGACAAGCACAGAACUUGGUUCCUACAUAUCAACGACGUACAAGAAGAAGACAUGGGAAAGUACAUGUGCCAGAUCAACACUGCCACCGCAAAAACUCAAUAUGGCUACCUUCACGUCGUAGUUCCCCCGGACAUUGAUGACUCGCAGAGCUCCUCGGAUGCCAUUGUUCGAGAAGGUGCAAAUUUGAGUCUCACCUGUAAAGCUAAGGGAAGUCCCACCCCCAGUAUACGCUGGAAGAGGGAUGAUGGCUCCAAAAUCUCCAUCAACAAGAGCCUGUCAGUGAUCGAAUUCGAGGGCGAUACUCUGGAAAUGUCACGGAUCUCGAGAUUAGAUAUGGGCUCUUAUCUUUGCAUCGCUAGUAACGGGAUACCACCUACGGUCAGCAAGCAGAUAAAAGUGUCAGUCGACUUUCCGCCGAUGCUAUGGAUACCGCACCAAUUGGUAGGCGCACCCUUAGGGUUCUCCGUCACCCUGGAGUGUCACACGGAGGCUCAUCCGACGUCUCUGAACUACUGGACAAGGGAGAACGGGACGAUGAUAGCGGAAAGUAGAAAACAUAAAGCCAUAACCACAAAGGAAAAACCAUCGUACAAGACUCACAUGAAACUCACCAUAAAUGACAUACAGGAACAGGAUUACGGGAGCUACAAGUGCGUGGCGAAAAAUCCAAGGGGCGAAACCGAGGGUACCAUUCGGCUUUACAAAUCCGCUCCUCCGAGCACGAGUCCAAGUCCGCCCACCACUGACUUGUCCAGAAAAGACUGGGACGUAUUUACGGAGUUGAAUAAUUCCGUUUACGGAAAUCCCAGUUCCCUCACGAUUCACGAGAAGAAUAUAAAAACAGGGAACAAGUUCCAGUCUAACCUCAACGAGAUAGACAAAUCUGAACAGAAGUCCGGUGACCUGGACAGAAAAAGGAAGUACAACUGGCCGCCGGAAAAUGACAUGGCGGCGAGUAUCACGACGACCAUGGCGUUACUAGUGAUGGGUUUGAUCGCGGUAACGGCUAUCCGAUAAGCACCCUUGUUUAGCUAUAUCAAGUAACUCUUGUAAUUACGAACUCGAAAAAAAAAGGAAACAAAAAGUUGAAAUGAUAUGAAAACAAAACACAUAAAGACUGACCGAAUAGCUAGUGCCGUUUAAAAGUUUACGUCGUAAUGCGUGCCAAGAGUCAAGUCGGGACGAAGUCGUACAUAUUUCGAAGACUGAAGUGCGUUCGGCAACUGGACGAAGCAGCAUGUGCGAGCUGAAUAUCUUCCUGCAGGAAGACGUCGACAAGAGUACAUCCGGAUAAAGUGUGGAAGGGUCAAGAUCUUUUAUGAGCAUGGGCAAUGUCAGAAAGUGCAACGACUAUCGCUUUCAGUGUAACAUAUUGUAAAAUGUGUAAUCUGUCUCCAUAUACUACUGCUACCCCUUAACCCCAUCCUGACCGAAGCAGCCGUCUGCACUAGGAUUAAUAUAAUUUGCACGAGGAGUACUGCCCUUUUUAUUCUACAUACUGAACUGCACGCGAUCACUGGAUAAAGGUGUUCCUAGUGCAUCUAAACGAAUUGCUAUCCAAGAUAUCGAUAGUACACCUUAAGCGCAUAACUUUGGAUACUCCCUUAUACUUAUUUCCUUAUGCUUUUCAUCCGUGCUUCUCCCUCCUUUCUCUUUAUACUACAUCAACCCUCCCACAAGGGGUCUCCUAUCGUUUCGUAUUCCCGCUGAUAUUUUUUACCCAUCGAAUUCCCAAUGUCCCACCCCUAUAAAAUCACAGACGCCAUCUGAAUACUUGAGAUUAAAAUGUCAUUCGCUCAUGGCCACACCCUUACACUGAAUGGCGUAGAUUAAAGAACGUAGACAGUGCUACAAACCUUAAAAGAAAUAAAAGACCAAGUGACAGUGAAAAGUAAUCAUUUAAAAAUCUAAGAAGCUCCCGUCGCCUGCGCAACGAUUGCACUCACCUCUAAUUACGUGACAAACUAGAGACGGCUAGUAGCGCGUUAGGAUUUUCACGGUGCUCUCGAUAAUCCUUAUAUAAAUCGCUAACUUAUAAAAAUACCAAUUUAUCCCGAACGAACGAGGGUCCAUUCACAUGGGCACAGGACUUGCCGUCCUAUGAGAACUGAUCUUCAUUUAAAGAGCGGAGUGCCAAUUACGUUACAGGAAGUGGCCACUUUUGUCGUUAUCUUUUUCACCCUACCCCGAUGGAAUCCGUAGUCGUUCAAAGAUCAAACUAGUUUUCUAUGAAGCCACUUGGUUCCACGUUCGGCUGUGCAUUUUCAAUCCAACCCCCUUCGUCCCUUUACAUCCUUAUUCAUCUUCCACACUUGUAGUUCCCAACGGAGUCCUUCUGACGUUCCUUAUUCUGUCCCAGUAUUGCCAUCUACCCCCCUCCUUCCCCGUACCCCUUCUCGACGGCUUUAUCAGAACCCAAUGAAUGGACCGAAUAAUUUGGUGAUAUCGUCACUUCCAUAAUUAAAUUUCCGGACUUGAAGUCGUCACUAGUGUUACUAAAGAAUGGCAGUGGUUAUCGAAAGUAAAAGCACCAAUACCGUCAUGAAUAGUCAAAUAGUGCUGUUUACUUUUAAGCGACAUUGUAAAGCGCGUCCAUCAUCGAAUGGAGUCUUGACUGUUGGAAAAUGAAUAACUGCCGGAAAGAAAGAUUAAAUGGAAAAGAAGACACGGGAAUAAGAAAGUGAGAGAAUAAAAAUGCUGUUAGAUAAUGUACUACUAAUUACGUGUGCACGAGGUAUAACAACCCUUUGCUAACAUCAUACAUUAUCGAUAUGGGUAUCGGUACGGUAUGGAGUCGUCGACUAACCAAGUACUCCUUGACAUUCUCAUUUUACUCAGGUAUACAGCUCUAACUGCUCAAGUGAAAACGCGUUGAAAUAUUCGAAAGGUCAAUUGGCGGCAAUAAAGCGUUAUCCAGCGUUACGCGACUGUCGACGAGGAUCGCCAAGCUCUCCUGCAACUUUAUGUAUAUCGAGACAUGCGAAAAUCAGAAUAGAUACAGAAUACCAUAGGUAACGUAAAUCCUCGUUUAUCGUUAUAUUUGUUUUUUGAAAAAAAAAAAAAUUCAAAUUUUCCAAAACCGCAAAUAACCAUUGCCCCAAUAUCAGCUGGACUCUUUUACGGCUGCUGCAUAAAGCUGUCGUAAAGGUAGUGAAAAUUCAAGACACGAAUAAUUCUAUCUAAAGAACAGCUAACGCUGCACUGGACGUACGUUGACUGCAGGAAUAUCUAUUAUUCAACGAGGAACUUGUUUCAAGCAACAGGUACAGAACAGGCUCGGGACAAUAAGGGUUAAGGGCUGCCACUGGAUUAAGGAAGAGAAAAUCGAGUUCAGGGCUUUACCAGAGUCUUACCUACCCAAGCGUUGGCGUCCCGCCCCUACAAGGACUCUCGAGUGUCCUUAUCGUGCAGGAAAUGCUGUCAUUUCCCGAAGUUCACGAGCGUCGCCGGGCGUCGGUCCCAAUAGCUUCGCUUGAACUUCCCUUUUCUCGUCGCCGCUGUCCCCAUGCGAUAACGCCUUUACGGCGAGCGACUUUGUCUCAAUUAUUUAGUAGACGCUAAUUAAUCGGGUUAAUCGGUCGCCGUAGAGAACGCGGCAAAUUCAAAAAUGUAUUCUUUUAAUAUUGACGCGCGUACGAACCUAAUGACGUAUAAAAUACAUUUAAUGCUACGUCACAAGGCCUGUUAUGGAUUAUUUGUUAAUCGGUCGACUCCAAUCGCCGUUUGGGUGUGGCUAUAUACAUAUAUAUUAUUUGAGACUACUGACUUUUUAUUUACAUUGCGUCGUGUAGUGUAUGUCACCAAAAAGUGUAGUGGAUGUAUUCUGAUAAGGGAGGGGGUAACAGUUGGCGUGUGUAGCAAAGUCGGUGAUAAGACGCCAGGAGCUAACCGGUGAAACGUAUAAAAGUUUCCUUCAAGUUUUUCUCAUCGAAUUUUCCUUUUCGUUCUACGGCAUGUCUGAGCUGAAAUACUCAUCAACGGCGGAUCUGUACAUACGAGUAAAUAAGUAUAUACCAUAGAUUAAAUCUAGCUUUAAAGCCUGAAUGGGACGGCGGAGCUUCCCGAAGUGGUUCUCGUCUGUCCUCGGCGGAGCUUGCAAAAACUGAGGACAAGGGUAAACCUUAGGAAAGAUAUUUUGACCUUAGGCUAAACGAAUUAAAUAUAAACUUGGCCGUCUAGUUAUUAAUGUAAGAUGAUUUAAAACAAAAAAAAAAGGUAAUGAAAUAAUUAUAAAGGUAUAUAUGUAUACAUAUAUUAAAAUUAAGAGGGAUUAUUGAAUAAUGAUAUCACUAUAUUGUAUGUUAUAUGAUAUUAUUAUGCUUUGCGUCGUUGAGUUGAAUGUUGUUAUCUACCAGAACCAGACGAGAGAUUCUUAUAAGUACAUACGACAUGUAAUAAAAAGAGGUGAGAAACAA